UUGCCCCGUAUUUAUGUCUAGAUUGUUCUCUGGUAAAAUUCAGGAGAUGGAUCGUCCACGUCGUAGCACUAGGUCGACGUACGCGGCUCCUGCAGCUCGUGGUCGCGGACAGGCCACUCUUGCAGCUCGUGGUCGUGGGCAGGCCACUCUUGCAGCUCGCGGUCGCGGACAGGCCACUCCUGAAGCUCAUGGUCGCGGUCGGGCCGCUCCUUUAUCUCGUGACCGUGGUAGCACUAAUCUAGUAGGCCGUGGCCGAGGUGGUGUUGUUGAGCCCGAAGUUGAUGUUAUUGCAGCUGAAACACAAAAUGAUGAAGAUCCAGCUGACCCUGUUGAGGAUCCAGCUGACCCUAUCACUGAAAUUAUUGCCAAUGCUGGUACACCUACAGGAUUUGUUGACCCAGUAGCUGCUGUUCAAGCCUUCCAGACUUUCAUGGGAUUGUUUGCAGGGAAUCAGGCCCAAGUGGCACCAACAAAUGCAGCAAGGUCUUUGACAUUGGAUAAGGGCAAUACUUUUGAUAGAUUUCUAAAGACUAAUCCACCGCCAUUUAUAGGGACUGAUAAGCCAUCGGAUGCUGAGGCCUGGCUGUUACAAAUGGAAAAGAUCUUUGAUGUGUUGGGAUGUUCUGAGGCCCAAAAGGUGUCUUUUGCAACAUAUAAGCUGCAGGGGGGUGCUGAGCAUUGGUGGCGGUCAGCAAAGCAACAUUACAAAGAUAGGCAGGAUGAAUUGGUUUGGAGAAAUUUCAAGAAGGACUUUGAGGAGAAGUACAUUUCUCCAGCAGUCAAAGAUAAAAUGCGGACUGAGUUUUUGGCUUUAAGGCAGGAUAAUAUGUCAGUGGCAGAGUAUCAGCAAAAGUUUGAUGAAUUGUCAAGGUUCGCGGGAGUUUUGGUAGAAAAAGAGACAGAUAAGGUGUGGUAUUUUCAGAGGGGGCUUCGGGCCGAUAUUCAUGGAAGAGUUUCUUUGCUUGACACAGAGACCCUACCAAAACUCGUGACUAAAGCUCUUACAGCAGAGAGUGACUUAGCAGAAGAAAGAAGGGUUGCAGAGAAUCAGUACAAGAGGUUCAGGUCAGGACAAAGUAGUGGGAGUGGUUUACCUGCAAAGAGGGUGCACACUUUGACUCAAACAAAUGAAGGUGGGAGGCAGGCAUUGAGGCCGUGUCAAAAAUGUGGUCAACCUCAUUUGGCAAAGUACCAUUGUGAUGGUUCACUUCGAGUAUGUUAUAGUUGUGGGCAGCCUGGUCAUGUCUCCACUCAUUGUAGAGCUCAGAGUGAUGGAAGGAAUCAAAUACCUCAGGGUCAGAGGCAGUCAGUGCAUGGAAGUGGGCAUAAUCAGCAGCGACGGUUUAAUCAUCAGGGGAAUCAUAGGCAGCAAGCUCGAAAUGGGGGUCAAGGACAGAGAAAUGUGACAGAGGGUCGUGUGUAUGCAUUGACUCAGCAGCAGGCUAAGGAUGCGCCAUCUAUGGUGCAAGGCAAGUUGGGGAGUUAGGCAAGGACUCUGGCGGCACCUCGGGGAUUCUUUUGUUUGACCUCCUUAGGGUGUCUCAUCUUAGUUUUAUUUUAAUAAAUUGCUUCCGCAUUCGAACAAUUGUCAAAUAAUGAAUUCUUUUUAUUAUUGUUGAAUUACUGGUUAUUGUUUAGUUCAUGGGAUGGUUGUACCCCAUGUUUAUGAUUGAGACACAUUUGGCUUUUGAUUUGAUUAAUAACGAAAAAGGGAUCAUUUGAUUUUCA